CGCUUUUGUCUGCCAGAUUUCCAGUUUCAGAGCACAAAAAAAAACAAAUUUCAAUCGUUUUUUAUAAUUCGAAGCAGUUUUUCUCAAAAUACUCGAUAUAUUUAUUCAAAAAUCUGUUUUCCGUGAUAACCAGAACUGCCAUUGAAUGAACUUGGGUCGCGUUAAGCCGAGCUCCAGCAGCUCCGAAAGUGAGCAUUCGAACGACGAAAUUUGGGACGAUACGCUCAUCAUUCGCAAGUACGAUGAGUCGUUAACAAUGGUCAGAGAGGAGGUGGCCAAGCGAUUGGCCAUGAAAACUAACAAAAAGGUAACAUCCAAGGUUCAAAAUGGCCAACCGGAGCAAACUACGAGCGAGGAAGUUAAACCGGGGCUGCCAGAUCAACCUCCCGCAGAUGAAGGUACUGCGACCGAGAAAGGUUCCGUUGAAAUGGGAAGCAAGCCGGUGUUCAAGAUCGGCGAUUACUGCCGAGCCACCUACGACGAUGGCGUAGAUUAUGAAGCCAAAAUUUUGGCAAUGUCAAAGGACGGCAGCACACUGCUUCGCUAUGUGGGCUACAAUAACGACCAGACUGUGGCGGCAGACAGCUUGGUGCCAUCAUGGGGACGCAAGGCACGCCGCAAGCAGCGUGAGGAUGCAGCAGAACUAGCCUUUGAAGAAGAUCACCAACGGAUGGAAGUUAGCGACGAUGAGGAGAAGUUGACUAAGAAAGCUAGCAACAUUAGGAUUAACUACAGUCCUAGCUUCCGAAUGCCUAUGGCUGGAUCAGCAGCAUCGGGGGCUGCUGGCUACGGUGCUGGGAUGGGAAUGGGAGCUUCAUUUGUGGUACCACCGCCACCGCCGAUGCCACCGAUGCUAGAUAAUGAUGAUGAUGUCGAGUCGGAGAAUCUUUCCGCUAUGCUCAUGUCCUGGUACAUGAGCGGCUACUACACCGGUCUGUAUCACGGUCAGAAGAUGUCUCAGAAACGGGCUCGGCCGACCUAGAUUGGUGGCAGAUAGUUGCUUUUAAGGUAUUCUCAUUGACUUACGUUAUUUUUAGCAUGUAAGGUUUUUUUUUCGUCUGAACUGAAUUUGAAUUGAGCCUUUUUUGAAUAAAUCGCCCUAUGUUUCAAAAGUUAAAUAAAGAAAACUAGACAUGAAAUAA